AUGGGACCCGAGAAGAUGAAGGAGAACAACCCCGUGGCCGCCCUCAGUGAGAUGAUGGACAUGAUCGAUGCGUCUCCCAAGACCGUGGUGGCCGCCCUGAAUGGACCUGCAUUGGGUGGCGGGGGCGAAGUGAGCUUGGCCUGUCACUACCGUGUGGCCUCGCCCCAGUCCUCGGUGGGAUUUCCAGAGGUGAAGUUGGGUCUACUUCCAGGUGCUCAGGGAACUCAAAGGUUGCCUCGUGUGGCGCCAUUGCCCACUGCGAUGCAGAUGAUCCUACAGGGUAAUCCAUUGAACGCUCAAGCUGCCAAGAAGAACGGCAUCGUUGACGUCGUGGCCAGCAAGGAUGUCAUCGAGGAAGCGGCAGACUUUGCGUUGAACCAUCGACCUGCACCAAUCUCCAAGAGGGAGGUGCACAAGACCAACAGGUUCAUGGUGGCUGCUGGAGGAUUGGAAUCUGGCCUGAACUCGGCGGUGAAUGCUGCCCCACUGAUGAUCGCUCCCAGGUCUAUCAUCAAGUGCUUUGAAGCUGCCUGCAGCAACAAGUCUUUCCGGGAGGGCCUACAGGUCGAACAGGAAGAGUUCACCAAGUUGGUCUUCUCUGUGGAGAGCGCCGCCCUGCGGCAUUUGUUCCUCUCCGAGCGCCUGGCUCAGAAGGUCCCGGGCGUGGACGAGAAGCCGCUGCCGCUGAAGAAGAUUGGCAUCUUGGGCGCGGGCCUGAUGGGUGGAGGCAUCGCAAUGUGCUUUAUUCAGAAGGGUGUUCCAGUGGUUCUGAAGGAUGCCAAGCAGGAAUGGCUGGACGGCGGCGUCAAGAAGAUCGACUCCCUCUGGGCGGGACGCUUGAAGAAGGGCAAGUUGAGCAAGGAGAAAUAUCAGCAGUACCACAGCUUGCUGAAGCCUACCUUGGACUUUGCAGACUUCAAGGAUGUGGACAUGGUCAUCGAGGCUGUACCCGAGAUUAUGGAUCUGAAGAAGCAAUGCUUUUUGGACAUCGAGGCCAACACCAAGCCAGAUUGCCUCAUUUGCACCAACACCAGCGGCUUGAACAUCGACGACAUCGCCGCUGUCUUGAAGGAUCCUAGCAGAGUCAUGGGUACCCACUUCUUCUCUCCUGCCAAUGUCAUGCAGCUUUUGGAGAACGUUCGCACCAGCAAAUCCUCCAUCAAGACCCUCUCCACCGGCAUGCAGAUGGCCAAGAUCAUUAGCAAGAAAGCUGUGAUGGUCGGCAACUGCGAUGGCUUCGUGGGCAAUCGCAUGUUGGCGCCUUAUGCGGGCGAAGCGAAGAUGGUGGCAGAGGAGGGCGCCACCGUCGAGCAGAUCGAUAAGGCCGCCACGACCUUUGGCAUGGCCAUGGGACCCAUGGCACUGGGCGAUUUGGUGGGCCUGGAGCUCUUCUGGAAGCAGCGUCAAGCGGCUGGUGAUAUGAACAAGCAGACCAAGACCUACUACGGACCUUAUGAGCUCACCGACUGGCUUUGCGAGAAGGGCCGAUUCGGAUUGAAGACGCCGGAUCCCAGCAUCAAGGCCAACGGCCGUGGCGUUUUCAUCCAUCAGGGACGUGACAAGUACGUGGAUCCUGAGGUUGUCGCCAAGAUGGAGGAGAUUCGAAAGGCCAAGGGCAUCACUGCACGAAAAGUGUCGGAUGAGGAGAUUUGCGAGCGCAUGUUCUUCUCAAUGAUCAACGAGGGUUUCAAGAUUUUGGAGGAAGGUUACGUUGCUCGAUCGUCCGAUAUUGACAUCGUGUACAUCUACGGCUACGGCUUCCCGCCCAGCAAGGGCGGACCCAUGUUCUACGCCGAGAACUAUGUGGGCUUCCAGAAGAUCUUGGAACGACUGAAGGUCUAUGAUGCGCAGGCCAAAGAGCGAUUCACCAAGAAUAAGGCCUAUUUGCCCAUCGACUACUUCGAGCCCUCCAAGUUGUUGCAAGCCUGCGCCGCCAAGCAGGGCACCAAGGUCUUCCCAGGACAGACCUUGAUCGAUGUGGUCCUCAAGGACUUCCGCAAGAGCAGCCCGGGCCCAGGCCCAUUCUCGAAACUUUAA